UCUCUCACUCUCACACACACACACACACACACAAACACACACCGUGCAGCAGCAGCGGCAGCAGCGGAUCUCCGGCAGAAAACAACCGCUCUCAAAUCUGCGCUAAUUCAGGGACAACGGACCGGAACCGGACCUGAACCGGGACUAACCGGGACGACAACCAGGCAGUUGUGUCCGUCCGGUGAGACGGCUCCGUUAGCGGGUCCGGUUCUGUUGCUGGAGGACGAAACGUGACCGGAAUCAAAGCGGAUCGAUGGUCUGAGGUGGAUGAGGAUGAUGAUGAUGAACUCAGAGAAGAUGAAGAAGAAACCUCCCAAGGACAGUCUGACUCUGCUGCCAUGUUUUUACUUUGUGGAGCUGCCCAUUGUGGCUUCUUCUAUGGUGUCUCUGUACUUCCUGGAGCUGACCGACGUGGUGCAGCCGGCUCAGGUUGGAUUCCGCUGCCACGACAGAGAGCUCAGUAUGCCGUAUGUGGACGGAGGGGACGAGCUCAUCCCGCUGCUCAUGCUGCUGAGCCUCGCCUUCGCUGGACCCGCUGCCUCGAUCAUGCUGGUUGAAGGUCUCGUCUACUGCCUGCAGUCCAGGCUGAAACUCCGCAGACCUGAAGGGAGCAUCAACGCAGGAGGUUGCAACUUCAACUCCUUCCUGAGGAGGACGGUUCGCUUCGUAGGUGUGCACGUGUUUGGUCUCUGUGCAACGGCUCUGGUGACUGACAUCAUCCAGCUGUCGACGGGUUACCACGCCCCGUUCUUCCUCACCGUCUGUAAACCCAACUACACUCUUGCAGGUGUUUCCUGCGACAGGAACACUUACAUCACUAAAGACAUCUGCUCAGGACACGACCAGCACGCCAUCAUGGCCGCCAGGAAGACGUUCCCUUCCCAGCAUGCAACACUGUCUGCCUUCGCUGCUGUUUAUGUUUCUAUGUAUUUUAAUUCGACGAUCUCCAACAGCACCAAGUUGCUGAAACCUGUCUUGGUUUUUGCAUUCGCUAUCGCGGCAGCGUUAACAGGUCUGACUCAGAUCACUCAGCAUCGCAGCCAUCCUAUCGAUGUCUACGUUGGCUUCCUCAUCGGAGCUUUCAUCGCUGCUUACCUGGCGUUUCAUGCUGUCGCCAACUUUAAGUCCUCUGAUGACAUGACUCUGGCCCCACCUCCCCCGCCACCAAAGGAGGAUCCUCUGCGAGCGCUGACAGAGCGAGGACAUGAGUCAGUCUACAACAAGGGCCCUGCCUCUGCCUCGGAGAGUAACGAUGAGAUAACGGCAGCUCCAGUCCCCAUAGACCGGCUGGAGGGUCUCGGGCCCCUGCAGAGGGAGAAGGACUCCAUGGGGAGCCUGAAGAGGGCCAGUGUGGAUGUGGAGCUGCUGGCUCCUCGCAGCCCCAUGGGCAAGGAGACCAUGUUGACCUUUAGUAACACGCUGCCAAGGGCUAGCAUGAAUGUUAAUGGGGUGCUGGGAUCCAACACAGGGCCAGAGGAUCUGGUGCAGCCGGUGCAGCCAGUGCAGCCAGUGCAGCGGCGUCUGAAGGCCGUGCAGGUACCCAUGGAUCCGAUGCGUUCGCAGCAGCUGGUCUCAGAGUGGAAGCAGAAGUCGAUGGAGAUGAGGGGCCUGAGCGUCCGGGAUGAGGUGGAUCGUGAUGCCAGUGAGGACGGCUCGGAGGUGGGCUCUGUGGGGACCGAUGAGGGGGGGUCUCAGGUCCCCAUCUACCAGCCUGCAGUGCAGUCUGGGAGGGCAGCCUCUAGUCGCAACCCCACUCCACCUCCAGGGGGCGCCAAAGCUGUGGCGACUCCCAGACCACCGCAGAUCCCUGAAGCAGGACCCCCUCCGGUGUCCCCAAAGAGUGCCCUGACCCGGGCCAAGUGGCUUGCCAUCCGAGAGAAGACGAGCGGGGAGGGGUCAGUUCGCAGCGCCGCCAAUCAGCCGCGACUCAUGCAGGUCAUCGCCAUGUCGAAGCAGCAGGGCCUCCUCCCCUCCUCCUCCUCAGGGGAGAAAUCAUCUGAGACCACCUCCACCUGCUCCGGGACCUCCUCCACCACUGACUCACCGCACUACCAUCCCCCGUUUGAGCAGCGGGAGGGGUCAGGUAUCAUCACGGUGGACGCCCACGCCCCUCACCAUCCUGUUGUUCAAGCCCAGCCCCCUCCUCAAGCCCCGCCCCUCGCAGGUAAUGGUAACCCAUGGGAGUGGGCGGGGUCGUCCAAUGGGGGCGACUCACGAGACACCUACGACCUUAACAGCCUGAACCGGGGAGACUCUGCCGCCCGUGGCAGCAGCUUCAGGCCGCACCGAUCCGCCUCGCCGCGUUCUGCAGUCGACCCCGACUUGGCCCCACCCACACCCAACCCACAGGUGGAGACGCCAGCGGACACUCAGCGCAGGGAGAUGGCCAUGAGACGCAAGACGGCACUAGUUCUGUUGGAUCGAGAGAUUCGUAACCAGACUGAACAGGAGAACUAUUAUAAGAGUCUGCAGGGACGAAGGUUCAAGGAGUAGUCUCUUACCCUUUCAAAACAAAAGCCUUAUUUUGAAAAUAACAGCACAGUACCUGGACAGCACUGAGGACCAAGUGGCUAUGCAUUUCUUGGGCUUCAUUUGAUGGAAAAUUGAAGCUGCAAGAAAUGAACGUUUCCAUCCGGGAGGGUCAGAAGUCUUGGUGGCUCAACACUCUGGAUAGUUUUAACAACAUACAUUUUAUCUGUGUUAUAAAAAGAUUCUCAGCGUCCUGGACUUCUGCAGUUUAUUUGUAUUUGAGAGUGGCACAGUAACAUUAAUAAUAAUUCAACAGACCUUUCUCGUAACACAAGGACUUACAUAAAACGAAUUAUAUCCAUUAAAAGCUUGGCUGAAAAGUCUUAAAAAACAAAAAUGGAAUCAUAUCCCAUAGGGAGCCAGUGGAAAUACUGAGGGUGGAGGUGAUGCUGUAGGCUGGAGGCAAUGCUUUAGGGUGGAGGCAAUGCUGUAGGGUGGAGGUGAUGCGUUAGAGUGGAGGCGAUGCUGUAGGGUGGAGGUGAUGCUGUAGAGUGGAGGUGAUGCUGUAGGGUAACGGGGUUGAUAACUACAGAAUAAUAGCGGUACAAUGACAGUUUUUGGCUCUUUCCUCACAUUGCUGCUGUGUUGCUGCUGUGUUGCUGCUGUGGUCUGUGCGACUGUGGGACAACCACUGUGAGCAGCGCUGGCCGCCCCCCGC